UUAUGAAAUCAUAAAAUGGGUUCAAUGGAGGAACUCCAGAUCGAUUUGGACAAACUUUCAAACACUCAAAAUCAUAUUUUCAGUAAAUUCGACGUUUUGACCCAGAACGUCGAUGAUAUUAAACGGGUCAUUUCACAAAUUUCUGAGAAACUACUAGUAUUAGAAGAGGCAGUAUCUGACAGACGAAAAUUAAAGAAUGAUAUGACAUAUAUGAAGAAUAGAAUAGAUGAGCUUUACGCGAUUGUUAAGGAGGGUAAAGAAGAUGUGUCCGUGAAGAGUGAGGAUGUGCGAGAUGUGGAGUCUUGUCACUCUGGAUUUUCCUGCACGUCUAGGGUUGCCAUGACAACCGGUAUAGAUCGUGACACGAUACGGUCUGCCUAUGACGACGUGCGAUCAGACGGUUCACCUACAGAAUGGGCAGUAUUCAAAUUUGAAGGAGCGCGGAUAGUUUGUUCAGCGCGGGGCAGCGACUUCUCAGAGUUCCAGACACAGUUCUCAGAUGAUGAAAGAGCUUUUGGUUACCUCAGGUUGCAAAUGGGAGAUGAAAUGUCAAAACGCAAGAAAUUUAUGUUUGUGACGUGGGUUGGGCCUAACGUUUCGGUGAUAAAUCGAGCAAAGAUGUCCACCGAUAAAGCCAUCAUCAAAGAUAUUAUUUCUAAUUUUGCUGUAGAGCUGCAAUUGGAAAGCCAGGCUGAAAUAGACAUCGAUCAAUUUAAAGAAGCCCUGAACAGAGCUGGUGGUGCUAAUUAUGGCACCGGUGUCAGGGAUUUAUGAACGAAAUAAAUCCCUUUAGACUUACCAAAAUCGCAUGACUGAACUUAUUUGAAUAAAUAUACACUUUUUGUAAUUUCAAUACUGUAUUAUGACCUUGCAUAAAAUUAGGUUGUGGUUAUAUUUAAUUAAAAACAAAGACAAUAUGUCAAUAGACAUAUUGAGGUUUUUAAUAAAUACAUCUCGUACGAUUCGAUUUAAAACUGUGUAUGUGAAUUACCUAACGUAAUGUUUCUAAAAUUUUUAAUGAAAUUAGUUAUUCAUAACAGUGUUUCAGUUUAUAACAGAGGCGAUUAUUUUUUUAUUUAUAUAAACAUAUUUAUACUAAUAUAAAAUGUAACCAAAUCUGGUAUAAUUUAUCUUGUAUUAAAAUUUUAUUGCCAAAAACUAUGUAUUUGCCAUUUUGCAAGGGAAUAAUGAAUGCAUUUAUAUUUUAUCUUUGUUAGUCAAAAUUUUUAACAAUGAUUAACUAUGUAAUGCUUUUUAUAUGCAUAGGCUGCAAUAACUCCGAUUUUUAUUGAAUUGACUGGCAAAUAAAAAUAAGUAAAUGAAA